UGAGCAGCAGACUCACAGCGAGGUCAGGCCUUUGCUCUGCGUCUUCCAAACUCCAGCUCUUUUGAUGCAACUGUGAGGCUUCUACAUACUUUUUGGAAAUCACAGAACUCCAGCAAAAUGAGCGAAACGCCUUCCACCAGCUUUUCCCUGAUGCACCCGACUUCGUCUGAAGGUCAGGUUUGGGGUCCCCGCCAUCUGAGCGUCACCCGUCCCGUCGUGGCCAAGCGGAUCAGCUUUUACAAGAGCGGGGACCCGCAGUUCGGCGGCGUCCGGGUCGUGGUCAACCCUCGUUCCUUCAAGACCUUCGACGCCCUGCUGGACAACCUGUCCAGGAAGGUGCCCUUGCCCUUCGGGGUGCGGAACAUCAGCACGCCUCGAGGAAGGCACAGCAUCACGCGGCUGGAGGACCUGGAGGACGGCGAGUCGUACCUGUGCUCCCACAGCAAGAAGGUGCAGCCGGUGGACCUGGACAGGGCGCGCCGGCGCCCGCGGCCCUGGCUCAGCAGCCGCGCCCUCAGCGCACGCGCAGCGCGGCGCCCCGCCCCUGCCGCUCCCGGCAUGCCCCGCGUGCCGCGGAGGCUGCUGGUCUUCAGGAAUGGCGACCCGAGGAGCGGGCGCCCUGUGCUCCUCAGCAGGAAGGUCACUCAGAGCUUUGAGGCCUUUCUGCAGCACCUGACAGUGGUCAUGCAGUACCCGGUGGCCAAGCUGUAUGCCACCGAUGGAAGGAAGGUUCCCACUCUCCAGGCAGUGAUCCUGAGCGCUGGGGCAGUGGUGGCAGCAGGAAGGGAGCCAUUUAAACCAGGAAAUUAUGACAUCCAAAAGUGCUUGCUUCCUGCAAGAUUGCCAGGGAUCUCUCAUCGUGUGCACCAGAAGGUGAACACUAAAUCAGAAAAUAGAAGGAUGAGCACGCAUAUACCCUUAAUCCCAAGAUCUCAGAUUUAUUCUGUUUCUUCUGAUAAAACACAUGAGUGCUACUCAGACUAUUCUUUUGCGCCUGAAAAUUACUUGAGCUUAGAAAAACGUGACUCUCAGAAUUUAUCAAUAUAUCCUUCUGAAGAUGAUAUUGAGAAAGCAGUUAUUUUUAAUCAAGAUGGUACUAUGACAGUUGAGAUGAAAGUUCGAUUCAGAAUAAAAGAAAAGGAAACUAUAAAGUGGACAACCACCAUAGACAGAGCAGGUCUUUUAAAUAAUGAUGAAAAUAGUGAGAUAAACAGUGGUCCGGGAAGAACGGAGAAUGGAUCAGGUAGUUUAAAGCUUGCAGCAUGUUCAUUGUCUGCAGAUGUCCCGGGCAGUAAUCAAGAGGGCAGUUUGGCAGAAGAAGUAAAAACUCCGAUGACAGAUCAAGAUGCUGAAACUUGCAGUUCUGCCAGUUGGGAGACUGCUGCUGUGGACACAGAUAUCAUUCCGGGAGCUCAGGCUCAAGUGAAGCAUCAUUUUUACAGGCCACCUACACCUGGACCAAGGAGGAUGAGACAAAAGAAAUCUGUGAUUGAGAGUGUGACGUUAGUGUCUGAAACAGAAGUCCAAGAGAAACAGUUUUCCUAUAGUGAAAAAAGAGAAGGUGUGGAAAACAAAUCAGAAUACCACAUGUUUACACAUUCUUGUAGUAAAAUGUCGUCAUUGUGUAACAAACCUGUACUUGUUCAGAUCAAUAACAAUGAACAGAUGGAGUCGCCUGUAGAAAGAAUAAGGGAGAGCAAACUCCUCAGGUCAAGUGCAGUAAGCGCUGGUGUGAUAGAAAUUACACGUCAGAAGAUGUUAAAGAUGCCACAUAAUGAUGGCUUGCCAUCUGCUGUAUCAGAGAGCUCAACUGAGGGGGAAGGUGUAGUUGAUAUUGUAAUAUCAGACAAUAAAACUGAUGUGGAAAACUUCAGAGCUUAUGAUAAUCCAAAUGGUAGGUUCCCUCCCGUUUCAGCAGAGGCAAGUCAUUCUUCUCGUGACAACUCUGGCGCUGACAAAAGUGUUUCUGAGGCUCCAGCUUCAGUACAGUCCUUUCCAGUAAGCACAAGAAUCGACAGACUAAUUACUGAAUUUGCACAGUGUGGUUUAACAGAAUCUUCAGAAAAUGGAACGCAGACUUUGGCAUCUGCCAGCAAAAAGGAGAAAUCACAGCAGCAGGUGAUCACCUCUAGGUAUCGGGUUGGGAAGACUGUAACCAAAAGAAUCUCAAAGAAGAGUAAGAAAAUAAACACUAGAGGUACACUUGCACGGGAAACCAUACUGCGAGAUUCAAACCGUUCCUUUAAAGGAAAGAUCCUUCAUGAGGAAAACCUGCAUACAACUGGGGUGGUAGCUGAGUCAAAUCAUCUUAGUACCAAAAGUAAUCUCAGUCCUACAGUUUCUAAGAGUUUCCUUAGACAUAAAUUAAAUGAUAGUCAGAAUAUUAAGGUUCAAAGAUUUGUGGGCAAAAUAAAAUCUAGGCCACUAAAGAAAAUAAGCUUAGGAGCCCCUAAAAAAAGAGAAAUUAGUCAAGGAAAUAAAAUAGUUCCCCAUUAUGAAUCUAAGUACCACGAAAGCACUUCAGAAAACCAAAGUUUAUUUCAUAUGCUUAACUUCCCUGAGCAGAGAUCAAAAGCAUUUUCUGGGCCACAGACUCAAGCAGAAAUGGUGUCCAGGAGUGUGAGAGGAAUGGCAAAAAUGAGCUUAGUGCCAAAAUUUAAUGAUUCACAUGUAACUUUAAAAACCCAGAAAAAACAAAAAGGGGAUAAAUUGAAAUCAGGUGCUGCUAUAAGUAAACAGUAUGCUAAAACCAGGGUGACUUCUUCAGCUUCUGUGAAAAAAGCUGAUUUUUCUGUGGAUAUGGCCCAUCGUUCAGUAGAUUAUAUACAGACAUGGUUACAGAACAUAAAUUCAUAUCCAACUUUGGAACCUAGAAAGUUAGCUCCAUUACACAAAAAUAAAAGGAGUAUGGUGAGUUAUAACAAAAGUCUUCUAGGAAAUGAUGUCCAUGGAGGUUCUGUAAAAGGAAACAAAUUCGUUGUGGAAAAUAGUGAGCACGUCGCUAAAAGUGCCAGUUUGACAGGAAAUAAUCUGUGUGAAGGAAGUGGUAAAAUGUUUAAUGGUGAAGAAUUUAACAGAGAUCUCUGUGAGAGCCAGGUUAGUGCUCUGAAUGGUGCUUGCUUAGUUUCCUUGCAAGAAUAUUGCACUGUGUCACAGUCAGCUGUUAACGAUCAUACCACUGAAAGCCAGAUGUCCUCUGAAAAUUCCAGCCUGGAGGUGAGCCUUGUUUCCCAUGAAGUAAACCUGCCUACAGAAGGGCCAAGUGUAGAGGCUGCCAUUCAGGCAGAUCCUGUAGGAGAGAAUAUUUCCAGAGACCUCUUUCCACUUCUGUUGCUUCAGCGUCUGCAAGCUUCAGUUCCCAGCAGUCCCAAGACUCAGAAUGGAGUUGUUCAGACACCAGCAUCACUUGUAGAGAUCCCCUUCUCUUCUGUGAUACGUACUUCAUCCAUUAAUCUCCUCCUUGCUUGGCUCUUGGUGCUAAAUCUAAAGGGAAGUAUGAGUAGUUUCUUUCAGGGUGAUGCUCAUAAGAUUACCAACAGUUCUUCAGAAAUACUUGUGUUGUUGGAGGUGCUAAAGCACAUUGCCAUUGCAGAGAAUGCUGAUGACUUGAAGGCUGCUGUUGCCAGUUUAGUGGAGUCCACUACAAAUUGUAUUGAACCCAGUGAAAAAGAACAAGAUAUGGUUCCAGUAGGCCUUUCUGCAGCAGUCAGCACUCAGAGAGCGCCAGAGUGCAAUAAAAAUGAAAGAAUGCAGAAAAUCUCUUUGGAUGGAGACUGUGCUGGCUGUGAGGCUUGUGGUUCUGAAGUUUGUGUUUUAGAGGUUUGCUCUCCAUGUGAGAUGUGCACUGUGAGUAAGACUGACCCUCCAAAAGACUUAGGCGAGCCAAGCAGUGCUUUCCCCUCUAUUGUUGGUUGUGUCGUAGAUGAGACCUCUAUGAAUAUGAGUUGUUUCCUGGGAGAGGUCUGCUCAUUUACUGAUUCUGUGUGUUCUGAUGAGACUUGCACUCCAAAGGAGAACUAUGCUUCUGAGGUAGCUUGUCCACCUGCUAAGACCCAUAUUCCCAUGAGUGUCUAUAAUACCACUGACUUUUUAAAUUCCAGAGGAGACAGAUAUAGUGAUAACUUGGAAUUAGCUGAGGCAUUCAAAAGAGUUGAUGAAACUCAGAAAGACAUAAAUAUCUUAGAAGACCUGGGGUGUAAAAAUGACUUUAAUACAUCAGUGUCACAACAAAAUGCCAAUAAUUUAAGCCCUGGUGGCAUUUUUCUAAGUAAAAAUGGUAAGGGAUUUGAUAUGAAACACAGCUCUCUAGAUCAAUUAAAAAAGAGACAGGAUAAAAAUACAUAUCCAUCAUUCAAUAGAGAAGAGUCAAGGACUUCUGAAGAACCGGGGUCAGUAACCAGUAGCCUGGCAUCAAGUGACAGAAGUAACAUUGCAGAACUGGAGUCUUUUGAAGAAUUAGAAAAUCAAGAGAGUGAUGUCGGUACUACAGUGAUAGAAGCAGGCAAACAAGCCACUGAAGAAUUGCUCACAAAACAGCCAGAGGCUGGGAGAAAUUGGAAAUUGACAGACAUAUCUAGUAGAAAUGUUACAGAAAAGCAAGGAAACAGUGGCAUGAUUUCUGAUACAGUCAGGCAGGUGACACCACCAUCAUUGGUUUUUUGCUAUGAUUCUAAUCAAAAUACUGAAAAAGAGAUUUCAGGAGAAAGUAAGGUGAGCGUUAAGAUGAUGGUGAAAAACAUGGAAAAGGGAAGUUAUUCAGAGUCUUCACAUGAUUUUAAAAAAUGUUUUAAGAGUCCAGCGACUUCAGACUGGUCAGAUUAUAGACCAGACAGUGAGAGUGAGCAGCAGCGUGGAACAUCCAGUGAUGAGCACAGUGACAGUGACGACAUUACCCAAGAGAGAGAAUAUAAUAAGGGGUUUGUUAAAAGGGCAAUAGAAAAGCUUUAUGGCAAAGUAGAGAUUGUUAAACCAUCUUUUUUCCGUGGGUCUACACACAGAUCUCAAGUUUGUCCUUACAGUACUGUAGACUUUCAGUGUGCAAGGAAAGCAAUUUGUUACGAUUCUGAAGGCCAGCCAUUUGGGUCUUCUGAGCAGGUGUCUAGUACUUCACCUAUGUUACAAAAAUUCACGGAUAAACAAAGAGCAUGUGAUAUUAAUGGUGUGAGGGACAGUUAUCAUGGAGAAGAAAUUGUAGAUCACAGUAUAAGACAAAGUAAUCGUGAUAGUGUACUCAGCAAUAAAGAGGAGGGAGUGCUGACUGACAAAGGCAAGUGGCUACUGAGAGAAAAUCAUCUGCUGAGGCUGUCGUCUGAGAAUCCUGGCAUGUACGGCACCGCAGACACCACAUCAGUAGAUACCCUGCUCGAUAAUAACAGUAAUGAGGUACCAUAUUCACAUUUUGGGAAUUUGGCCCCAGGCCCAGCUAUGGCUGAAUUAUCAUCUUCAGAACUGGAGGAACUAACUCAACCCCUUGAACUGAAAUGCAACUACUUUAACUUGCCUCACGGUAGUGACUCUGAGCCUUUCUGUGAGGACUUGCGAGAUGUUCAUGAUGAGACCUGUGCCACAGAGAGUGUACCGCACCACCGCACCGAGGGCGCAAGUAGUCUGCAGUCGGAAAGAGCGUGCCCAGCUGUUCCUCAUGCCUUUACGCCUGCUGCUAACAAAGUCCACCCUGUCACUGAUGGUGCUGUUAAAAGCCAGCCAUUGCCUGGCAGCAGCGUGACUCACAGUGCACUUCAGGAAGGGGACUCUUUGGACAAACUCUAUGCUCUCUGUGGCCAACACUGUCCGAUACUCACUGUUAUUACCCAGCCUGUGAAUGAAGAGAGCCGAGGGUUUGCUUAUCGCAAAGAUUCGGAUAUUGAAAAUGUCUUGGGUUUCCAUUUGUGGAUGAAGGUACACCCACAUUUGCUACUGUUAAAUAAAAAUGUGCUCAGGGGUAAGAACCAUGGAGCAAGUAUGAGAAGAAACUUUGUUGAUCAUGCCACUGGUGAUUCAUUUGAUCAACUCUGUGUCAGCACCAUGUUUGGCUUGACUGGUAAGAGAGAAAGACUCAAGCUAACUAAUUUCUGGGACAGAGAGGAAGAAAGUAAUUUAAAGAAAUUUCAGUCAUGUUUGAAGCAAAGGUUCUGUUUGAAUUUCUUGUACAUACUUCUGUUUGUUGUGGAUGAUGUGAACUCAAAUACGGAAAACCCUGGCCGUUGGACAGGUGAUAUCUUUAAAACAGUGGAUGAGAAUAAUGGCUUAUUAGAUAAUGGAUUCCAGAAUUUAAGAACAAAUCUCAAGCACGCAAUACCAGAAAGUAUCAGUUGUCAUUUCUCCUUUGAAGUACUUAGUCAAACCUGUGUACUAGGUAUUUGCCAAGUUGGAGCAUUCGUAAGUAUUUGCAAAAGAAGUAUAUUAGAAAUACAUUACAUUUUUGAGGGUGAAAAUAUUUUUAUUUGGGAAGAGGAAAGCCAAUUACAUGUUAAUGAUCUUGAAAGCAAUAAUGAACAAGAUUUGUAAUUUCAAUAUAUAUAUUUUUUUAAUUUCAGUAUUAGCAAGCCUUUCUUACAAUACAUUUUUUUAUAAUAAGAUGAAGCACUUGGGAUAGACAUUCAUUAGAUAUGGGGCUGGGGAGAUAGUUCAGUAG